GAGACUAGAACUGCUUCGUCCCCACCCGGCCGGUUUUCCAUUCGAGGUACUGUCGUCAUGAUUCACUUUGCGAGCAUUUGGUUCUUUGGUGGCAAACAAGAUCGAGAAAAGCACCGAACAGAUUCUUCUGUGUGCUGGUUCAACCUUGUUUGAUGCCCUCCUUGGGAGGUACCCGUUCCUAGGUACUGUGCACUGCUUGAUACGAAGGAGAGGGGGAAGGGGGGUGGGAAUAUCCUCGUACUUCUUUCUUAACCCACGCGUACGUCAAUCGUAAUCAAUUCUCCAACAAAUCCUCCUUCCGCCAAGCCAUCGACGCGGUACCCUGCGUCUCUGAUCCUUCUCGUUGGUUUAUCUACCAAACCUCACUUGAUCCGCGCGACAUCAACGCUUCCUCCCCCCUUCGCCCCCCUACCAUCGGGUAUCUAGACUCUUUAGAUCCUG